AUGUCUGAACAAAUUCAAUCUUUUGCUGAGACUCAGCAAAUAACUUCGGCUCCUGAGAUUGCUUCUGUCCCUGUUACUGAGGCUGCCACAGAUAUUGUUAUGGAUUCUGAUAAGAAAGUACGUAUUGCCACAGACUUUUAUGAUUGUUUGUUUUCUAACAGUUAUUCCCAGGAAGAAGAAGAUGUCGAUUUGAUGAAAGCCCGAUUGAAAGAGCUUGAAGUUGAGGCCGAACGGCUACAAGCUAUGCAAGCUGAACUUCAGAAAGAGAGCCAGGAUCUUGCCGCUGAGGAUAAGAAAGACAUCGAUGCUCGCAGUAUCUAUGUUGGAAAUGUUGAUUACGGCACUACUCCCGAAGAGCUCCAAGCCCAUUUUCAGUCCUGUGGUACUAUUAACCGCGUCACCAUUGUUUGUGAUAAGUUCUCGGGUCACCCUAAGGGUUUUGCUUACAUUGAGUUUGCUGAACCUGCACUUGUCCCUCAAGCACUUGUUCUCAACGACUCAGUUUUCCGCGGCAGACCUUUAAAGAUUGUUCCCAAAAGAACUAAUUUGCCAUCAUUCAUGCUUAGAGGCCGUGGCGGCUUUGGACCGCGUGGUCGUGGUGGUCGUGGUGGCUACUUUGGUCGGGGUGGCGGCUACCGAGGUGGCUUUCGCGGCAGAGGCAGAGGCAUGAGUCCUUAUUAA